CCCUACCAUAAUUAGUCAAAGUCAACUGAUUUCAGCAAUUCCUUUUCCUGGGAUCUCAAUUUCGGCAGAGUCCUUUGAUUUCAAUCGCCAGAACAACAGCGAUGGAUUUGUUCCGACAGGCAAGAAGCGUCCGCCUGAAGAACGUCCACGACAAGUUCUUACUCGCCGACGAAGACGAGGAAUCCGUUACACAAGACCGCAGCGGAUCCUCCAAAUCGGCCAAAUGGACGGUCGAAUUCGAUGAAAACUCCGACAAGUUAAUCCGCCUCAAGAGCUGCUACGGCAAGUACCUGACGGCAUCCAACCAACCACUCUUCCUCGGCAUGACUGGACACAAAGUUCUGCAGACGCUGCCGGCGCGGCUCGAUAGCUCCACCCUGUGGGAGCCGAUUCGCGACAACGAUGGUGCCAUCAAGCUUAAAACAAGGUAUGGUAAUUAUUUGAGAGCCAAUGGUGGGUUGCCGCCGUGGCGGAAUUCCGUUACACAUGACGUUCCGCACCGAACAGCCACCCAGGAUUGGAUUUGUUGGAAGGUUCAUGUGGUCGAAAUCCAAGCGACACAGUCGCCGAUCGGAGAACCGGCCACGCCGCCGGCGAUCAGAGAAGGCCGGGAUUCUUUUGCAUCGGAGUCGGAUUCUCCUUUCAAGAGCCAAUCAUUGAAAUCUGCUACUUUUUCUAGACAAGAGUCCAAUGACUCUUUAUUUAGUUCGCCGCCCAAGGGGAAUGAUGGGAGAUUAAUUUAUUACCGCAUUGCCGAUGAAUCUGGAGAAGUAGAUGAGGCAUUUGAGGAGCUAUGCAUUUCAUUUAAGGGUAGUGAAGUGAAUGAGUUAACAUGGAGGCUGGAGGAGGAAUUAGGUGCUGAGGGAAUCACUGUAUGCACACGAAGCCCAUUGAAUGGGAAGCUGUAUCCUCUUCGUCUGCAACUUCCUCCCAACAAUGCAACAAUGCAUGUUAUUGUGGUUCCACCAUCUCCAAAAGAUCAGGAUUCAAAGAAAACAGAGCCAUCAUCGUAGAAAAGUUGUUUGAUGGGGACUAUACUAUACUAAGCUAUGCAUGAGCAUGCAGUGUCAUCUAAAUUGGAUUGAAGGGAGGUACCACCAGCCAACAAUUACAAACUGAAAUCUCACUUCACAGCUUCUUUAUAAUAUGUGUAGACAGACUGUAGUGAGUUUUGGUAAUUCUACACCUGCAUGCAUUGCAUUGCAUAAACGGUGUAAUGAGAAUAUUCUAUGAACCAUUACAGUUUUGUUUCA